UUAAGAUUACCACGAUCGGCUGCUCUUUACCAUCCACGCAAUAACCAGUAAAAAAUACUAGACAGGCAAUGGCAAAACCAAAAAAAGUUAUGACUAAGGAAGAAAAAAUGGAGCAGGCUAGACUUCACAAAAGACAAGUUUAUGCUGAAAUAAAGAAAGAUCCUGAAAAGUAUGCUCUACAGAAAGAAAAGGAUAGGCAACGAUAUCUCAAGAGAAAAGAACAAAAAAAAAUUAAAUUAGUUGGAGACAUGACACCACGACAGAAGAGAAAUCAAAGAAAACAGUGGAGGGAGAAUUCACGACGUUACUAUGAAACAAAGAAGAAAAGUAGAACCAUUCAAGAACUAAUAAUUGAAGACUUGGAUUCUUUAUCGAGAAAUACAGAAAGUCCAGCAACGACUGUAGAUCCAUUAGCUGGCCCCUCAAACCUUACUCUGGAUACCAAUAAUGAAACAAAUAACCCUAACACCUGUAAUAAAUGUCACAAGAAAAAAAUAUAUAUUAACAAAUUACGUUAUCGAAAUAAAAGAAAAAUUGGAAUAUUAAACGCCCAAAUAGAGAAUCUACAGAGAGAUAAGAAUAACCUUAGAAGAAUCCUGUUAAAAUUAUUACAGAUCAAUAGAAAACAAAAGAAAGAAAUAAAAACACCUAUACAAAUAAAAAUAGAAAAUAUUAAUAAAUACGUAGACGGACAAAAACUUGAAGAAGUGAAGAAAGAACUGGCUUUUGGAGAAAUUUUAAAUUCAAGUUUAAAGGAUCAUUACAAACAAAUUAACAAAAAAGGAAAACGUUUAUUUAGUGAUGCCGUACUAAAGCAAAGAAAGCGGCUCAAGAAAUAUAAUAUUUUAGGAAAAGUAAAACCAUUUACAAUUAAAAAUAAAAAGGAGGCAUCUAUUAGAUCUGAUAAGAGAACUGACAAUUUGAAAGUACUGAUAGAACAUUUCCUGGAAGAGGAUGUUAAUAGUAGAAUUUUGCCAGAUAAAAGGAAUACAUUACAAGAAAAGGUGUAA